AUGUUGAGCGGCUGCGGUGCCCCUUCCUCCCCCUGGUCUUGUUCUGUUGUGCUGCACGUUGACUUACGCCAGCAAGCGUCCUGCAGUGUCUCUCGUGAGAAGCAGUGCCAGGAGUCGGGCCUUGUGUGUGGAAGCGAGUGGCUCUCCACUGGUCUGGUUCGACUUCUCACUGGCAUCGGCAGGUACAACGAGAUGACCUACAUCUUUGACUUGCUGCAUGAGAAGCACCACUUUGAGGUGCUAAUGAGAAAGAAGUUGGACCCAAGCGGGACCCUCAAGACAGCGCUGCUGGACUACAUCAAGCGCUGCCGUCCAGGAGACAGCGAGAAGCACAACAUGAUCGCCCUCUGCUUCAGCAUGUGCCGGGAGAUUGGGGAGAACCACGAGGCGGCAGCCAAGGUCCAGCUGAAGCUCAUUGAAUCCCAGCCUUGGGGAUGCGAAGAGGACUUCUGUGUGCGUCAGUCCUUGCGCUGCAAGAGGCUGACAAAGCUCAUUACGCUGCAGCUCCACUUCCUGAACACCAACCCCAAAACCAAGCUGAUCAACCUGAGCCAGAAGAGCCUGCUGGAAUGUGCCAUGUCCCUGCCCAGGUUCUACCCGGCGGCAGUCGUGGCUGAGGCCUAUGACUUCGUUCCGGACUGGGCUGAAGUCCUGUAUCAGCAAGUGAUUGUAAAGGAGGACUUCAGCUACCUGGAGGAGUGCAAGCAGCGUGGCCUGCUCAAGGCGAGCACCUUUGAGGAAAUGGCCCAGGAGUUCAAGCAGCGGGCAGGCAAUGAACCGGCUCUAAAAAACCUGAAGAAGCUGUUGACCUAUUGUGAUGAUAUCGAUGUGUAUUACAAGCUAGCUUAUGACAACCAGUUCUACGACGUAGUGAACAUGCUUCUGAAGGAUUUCCACAUUGGCAAGAACACACGUGAAAUAAUAAAAUGGUUCUUUGCUUUCUGACCUACAUUGAUAGUGGAGGAAUGUCUCAAAGGUGCAAAGGUGAUCUUAGGACUUUGCACUGCUUUUAGGUCUAACUUUUGUGUCAUUAAACUUUAUUACUAAAUUUAUUAUUCGGGUUAUGAACGGAACAGCGGAGUCUUAAAAGACAGAGGCUACAAUCCUGUUGUAGAACUCCGUUAAAUUUUACUGAUCGUAUUGCUUCGUGACUCCUCUGUCUCAAAGUUACAUUUCUCCCAAAUCAUUUUAAAUUCCUUUUACUGUAUGGUGGUUAAAACUACUGUUAAGCCAAGAGCAAGUAACACACUGGCCAAAUGUCAACGCCAGAUUCAGGUUGUCUCUGGCCAGCGCAGUGUUGAAGUCCAGUGCGCAUGCAACAUUUACACAUGCGCACCCUUCAGCCCUUAUUUGCCAACCGUGAAAUUCCCCCAGCAAUUCAUCUCAGAUACAAGGGAAUUGAAAUAACACUUUUUCCAAGGAGA